AUGCGUUCAUCAACAAUUUUAAUUUUAAUUUUUUUGUGUUAUGUCUGUUUAAUAGCUAAAGCUAUAAAAGAUGAAGAUUUUUCUGAAUUUGAUGAUUUUGAUCAUGAUGAAUUUGUUGUUGAAACUCCAUCGUCAACCGGUGCUACUCCGUUAUCAUCGAAAACACAAUCAAAUAAACCAGAAUCAAUAAACGAUGAAGAUGUAUCUGAACCAAAAUUAAGCGAAACAAAAGAUGAAGAAGUCACGAUUGAUGAUGAUGACGAUGAUGCAAUGUUUGACGAAGAAGAAUUUGAAAUGGUAAUUAUUUCAAAUUCAAUUAUUCAUAGUUGCCAAAAGUUCUAA